AACUGUGAUGGGAUUGCUUAUUGGUUUUCAAUCAUCUUAAUUACAUCGAUUGCCAUUGUUUUCACAGUAUUGGGAGGUCUGAGGUCAGCUAUCCUUGCAGACGCCGUACAGAGUUUAGUGAUGAUCGGUUGCAGCAUAAUGAUCAUUAUUCACGGAUUCUUUAUAGCUAAAGGUCCGCUGAAUGUGUUCGAAGUGACCAAGGAACGAGACAGACUGGACUUUUUCAAUUUCAACAUGGACCCCACGCUUCGUGUAUCGACGGUGUCCGCCACUCUUGGUCAGCUGUUCAUGACGCUUUCGAUGUUCGGAUGCCAACAAAAUCUUGUUCAACGCUAUUUUAGUAUGGACUCUCAGAAACAAGUUGAAAAGGCUUUGUGGCUAACCAUACCGUUGACGAUAUUCCUCUUCAGUCUAUCGUGGAUUGUCGGUAUGGUGAUAUUCACGGUGUACGCUGAUUGCGAUCCUCGAGCACUUGGAUACAUAUCGGAGAUCGACGAGAUCAUACCUUUUUACAUUGAAGACAGAUUUUACUUUUUGCCGGGUUUCAUGGGCCUCGUAUUGGCCACCUUAUUCAACAGUGGACUCAGUAUAGUGUCCAAUUUAAAUUCAAUCUCCACUGUUGCUUGGGAAGAUUUUGUCUCACAAAUACCAAUAUUCAAAGGUACCAGUGAAAAGAACCAAUUGUGGUGCAUUAAAAUCAUAAGUAAGUCAAAUAUAUAUUUUUUAUUCAAACAGGGCGCUGCGGCCGGUAUAAUAUCUAGUCACUUGGUGACCCUGUUUAUUAUUCUUGGAUCGUUAUCUAUCGCCAAAGAACCUAAUUAUCUGCAAGUGUCCACUGAAGGGUGUACGAAUACGACGUUCUCGCCAUACAUCGAACCGAUUUUUGAUAUACAGUAUAACCAAUACAAAAUGAGCUUUUUGAAUAAAACCCACGACGAAAUUUCCAGUGUCCUGUCGACGCCUGAAGUCGAAUCGUCCUCCACAGACGAUAUACUGACAAUGUUGUACUCGAUAACGUAUAUGUACUACUCAUUAUUGGGCACAUUUGUAACAGUCUUCGUCGGAGUCAUAGUCAGCUACAUGACAGGUAAAAACAAAACAGAUACCAAAAAUUACAUUCAAAUAAAUUGAAAUGUACGAUUUAUUGGUGAUUGCACAUUUCGUAAACCAUACCGUUGGUGAUUGUCCUUACAUUAUAUUUAUACUUAUAACUCAUUUUAUUGAAAGCAAAACAUAUAUUACCUAAGUUAUUCUAUAAUAUUAUUACCUAUCAAAUAUGUUUGCUUGAUUGUUGUCUAUGGUAUUUUUAUGUUUCUAGAAUCAC